AUGACAUCUCUCCUCCCUCCAAACUUGUUAAAACUCUUCGCCCCACGACCCCCGCCCCCAUUUUUGAAGCCUUUGUCCAGGGAUGAAUCCAAACGCGGCCCCGACCGUCUGGCAGGCGUCGGAUCGCUCGUCCAGCGGAUACGGGAACAAGCAGAGGAUGAGGAGGUCAAGAAGGGCAUGCAACCGGUCGAAGAGGGUGCUGCAGAGGAUGUGGAGAUGAACGGUGGGGAGGAUGAACAGAUCAAAGAGGAUUCGUCAAAAGUUGACGGGAAGGGAAAGGGAAAAGUGAGGAAAGAGAUCAAGAGGAAGAAAGAUAAAAUCAGUGAAAUGGGUGUCGUGGGACAGGAAGCUAUAAAGAUGAGAAGAGAAUUGAGGGCCAAGCGGAAAGAACAGUAUAAGAAAGAUUCAGAGGCAAAUUAUCGACCCCAGGAUGAUACGAAAGCUGUGGGAGAUCCGUACAAAACUUUGUUCAUUUCACGAUUGUCAAGUAAAGCAACGGAACAAGAUCUUAGAAGAGAAUUCGAAAUGUACGGAGCUAUCGAACACAUUCGUAUCGUACGAAAUCGGAAGGGCAAAAGCAAUUCUUAUGCUUUCAUAGUGUACGAAAGAGAAAGGGAUAUGAAGGCCGCCUACAAAGACGCAGAAGGUAUACCUAUCCACCAUAAGAAAAUCCUCGUCGACGUGGAAAGAGGUCGGACUGUAAAAGGAUGGAAGCCUCGGCGUCUCGGUGGUGGUUUAGGUGGUCGUCCUAAGCCUCCCACGGCGGAGCAACUCGCUCAACUUCAACCACCCACUGUUGUCGGUCCGAGCGGUCCAGGAGGCCCAGGGGGGCCAGGAGGGAUGGAGACAAGCAAGAGAUCAUCUGGGAAAUUGGAUGAAAAAAAAGGUUUAGUAUGUACACAUUUUGUUGCUUAUGAAAAACAGCAUGAAUAUUCCCAGACGUCCCCUUUUUUGAAGGAUGGAUUUGAGGAAGAGGACCUUCUAUGUGUCCAUCUACGAUCUGCGUAA